GCAGACAUCCGGGUUGCGGGUCCGGCUGCUGGAGGCGGAGGCCGCCAUGGUGCGGUUCAAGCACAGGUACCUGCUCUGUGAAGUGGUGUCCGACGACCCCCGCUGCCGCCUGAGUCUGGAGGACCGAGUGCUGGGCGGCCUGGUACGGGACACGAUCGCCCGCGUGCACGGGACUUUCGGCGCGGCCGCCUGCUCCAUCGGCUUCGCGGUGCGAUACCUCAAUGCCUAUACCGGAAUAGUGCUACUUCGAUGCAGGAAGGAAUUCUACCGGCUUGUGUGGUCAGCUCUUCCCUUCAUCACAUACUUGGAGAACAAAGGACACCGUUACCCGUGUUUUCUCAACACCUUACACGUGGGAGGUACAAUCAGAACAUGUCAGAAGUUCCUGAUUCAGUACAACAGGAGACAGCUGUUGAUCCUGUUGCAGAACUGCACUGAUGAAGGAGAACGAGAGGCUAUCCAGAAGUCUGUCACAAGAAGCUGUUUACCAGAGGAGGAGUCGGCUGGGGAGGAGCUUUCAGACAGUGGUGGUGAGGAGGCUGCUGAGGCAAUGGAGUGAACCUCUGCAGACUGCCCUGUGCCCCAGCCUCAGGGCCCACUUGUUGGGACAGGACAUUCUGGGAGGCAGCAGCAUCUUCUAUACUUCUCAAACUGGAUGACUGCUGACCAGAGGCCAAGUGACCAGCUCAAAAUGGACUUAUCUGCUUAAAACUAAUCGAAGUCACCUUUACUCAGCAUCGCCUGGUUAAGUGGUUCUCGAGGUUGUUAAGUCCCUGUAGUUAUAGACAUCUUUGUAUCUAACUGCCUGGCUGAGAGCAGGUUUAAUAAAUGUAUUUGGCUUCUGU